AUGAUCUUUAACAAAAGAGUCGCAGCGUCGCUGCUCGCCGCCACUGCUGUGGCCAAACCCAUCUUCACACGACAGACCAGCGGGCCCAUAAGAGGUGUAAACAUUGGUGGGUGGCUGGUGUUAGAACCGUGGAUCACGCCGUCAAUAUUCCAGCAAUACGAUGGUAGCAUUGUCGACGAAUAUACACUCACCAAGAACGCACCGAACGCCGAAUCAGUACUGCAAGCACAUUGGGCCUCAUGGGCGACCCAAGGUGACUUUCAGAAGAUUGCUGGUGCCGGCUUGAAUCUCGUGCGGAUACCAGUCGGCUAUUGGGCCUUUCAGAAGUAUGACGGAGACCCGUACAUCCAAGGUGCUGCCGAGUAUCUGGAUCAGGCCAUCGAGUGGGCAGCAGGUGCUGGACUGAACGUUUGGGUUGACUUGCAUGGUGCACCACUCUCACAAAACGGCUUCGACAACUCAGGUCAAAGGACGACUUCGCCUGGGUGGUCGACCGGCGAUACUGUCGGAUUCACGGCAGAUGUCAUUGGCGAGAUCGCAAAGCGCUAUGGUAGCAAGUCCAACGUUGUAGGCAUUGAGCUUCUCAACGAGCCCUUGACCCCGGUCAUUGGCCGAGAUGGCACUCAGCAGUAUUUUCAGCAGGGUUUCGAUGCUGUUCGCGCUUCCUAUGGCGGAGCUGUACCCUUCUCGGAUGGCUUCCUCAAUGCGAAUGAGUGGAAUGGCUUCCUGACUGGACAGAAUGCGAUCGUGGACCAUCAUGAAUACCAAGUCUUCACCAAUGAGCUGCUUCAGCUUGACUGGCAAGGCCACGUUGACAAGGUGUACUCCCGUGUUAGCGAAUGGGCUGGCGGCGCUGAUAAGCCCGUCGUUAACGGUGAAUGGACCGCAGCCAUGACAGACUGCGCUCCAGCAUUGAAUGGCUAUGGAAUCGGCGCGCGCUACGACGGAACCUUCUCUCGACGAAACUACGACGGAACCUACGAGUCUUCCGAGUACAUUGGGUCUUGCGCGAACGUCAACUUCAUCGACCAAUGGUCUCCUGAACUCAAGACCGCAACCACCAACUACAUCAAAGCACAGAUCGACGUCAGCUCCAACCAGGCCGCCGGCUGGAUCUUCUGGAACUUCAAGACCGAAGCUGCCGCCGAAUGGGACUUCUUCCGUCUCAUCGACAAUGGCAUCUGGCCUUCGUGA